CGGUCGUUUGUGCAUUGAUGGACGCUCUUCUGACCGUGGUCGUUUCUGUUCUUUUGUUGCAGGUGAGUGCUGUGGUGCUCUGAGGCGAGGCAGCUGUUUGGGAGAGGAGCAGGUCCAAAGGUUCCUGGGCAACGAGUCGCACAAAGACCACUUCAAGCUCUUGGAGAAGGACCAGAACUCGCUGCUCGUGGGCGCGCGAAACAUCGUAUACAACAUCAGCCUGAGGGACUUGAGCGAGUUCACCGAGCAGAGAAUUGAGUGGUAUUCAUCCCCUGCCCAUCGAGAAUUAUGCUAUCUGAAAGGAAAAUCUGAAGAUGACUGCCAAAACUACAUUCGAGUUUUGGCUAAAAUUGCAGACAACAAACUCCUUAUAUGUGGUACAAAUGCAUAUAAGCCACUAUGCAGAAACUACUUAUUGAAGAAUGGUGAUUAUGUGUUUGAAAAGGAGUAUGAAGGACGUGGUUUAUGCCCUUUUGAUCCAGACCACAACAGCACAGCCAUUUAUAGUGGUGGACAGUUAUAUUCAGCCACAGUGGCUGAUUUUUCAGGGACAGACCCACUUAUUUACAGAGAACCUCUAAGAACAGAAAGAUCUGAUCUCAAACAACUUAAUGCUCCCAACUUUGUGAGCACGAUGGAAUAUGAUGAUUUCAUAUUCUUCUUCUUUCGAGAAACUGCUGUAGAAUAUAUCAACUGUGGGAAAACUGUUUAUUCUCGAGUGGCCAGAGUAUGUAAACAUGACAAAGGAGGACCUCAUCAGUUUGGAGACAGAUGGACUUCUUUUCUGAAGUCUCGGUUGAAUUGUUCCGUCCCUGGGGAUUAUCCAUUUUAUUUCAAUGAAAUACAAUCUACAAGUGAAAUAAUAGAAGGCACUUAUGGAGACCAAGUUCAGAAAUUAAUAUAUGGUGUUUUUGCAACUCCUGUGAAUUCAAUUGGUGGUUCAGCUGUAUGUGCAUUCAGUAUAAGGUCUAUUCUAGAAACAUUUGAAGGGCCAUUCAAAGAACAAGAAACAAUGAAUUCUAAUUGGCUGGCUGUGCAAAGCAUGAAGGUCCCUGAACCCAGACCUGGUCAAUGUGUAAAUGACAGCCGCACAUUGCCUGAUGUGUCAGUGAAUUUUGUUAAAUCACACACAUUAAUGGAUGAAGCAGUACCUGCUUUCUUUGCACGUCCUAUAAUGAUUAGGAUCAGCCUUCAAUACAGAUUCACAAAGAUUGCUGUGGAUCAACAAGUUCGAACUCCUGAUGGAAAAUCCUAUGAUGUCCUCUUCAUUGGAACAGAUGAUGGAAAAGUCAUCAAAGCAUUGAAUGCUGAUUCAUUUGAUUCUGAUAAAACCGUGAAUAGUGUUGUGGUGGAAGAACUUCAGGUGCUUCCACCUGGAGUUCCUGUUACAAAUUUGUAUGUAGUGCGUAUGGAUGGAGAUGACAGUAAAUUGGUUGUGGUAUCUGAUGAUGAAAUACAGGCCAUCAAACUGCAUCGAUGCAACUCUGAUAAAAUUACUAAUUGCCGAGAGUGUGUAGCUCUUCAGGAUCCUUAUUGUGCUUGGGACACCACUGAACAAAGAUGCACUGCAGUUGGAUCACCUGACUGGAGUGCUGGCAAAAGGCGAUUUAUUCAGAAUAUCACCAAGGGAGAACAUAAAGCAUGUGGGCGUCCUGUAGCAGAUGAGGAAGUUGCCACAGCAACUUGCCCUCCAUGCUCGUGUGUGUGUCCCUCGCCCAGCAGUAGCUCCGAGGCCAUGGUGGCUACCGGCGAUCCCGUUCAAUCAAACCAUCCGGGCAGCGAAAUUGAACCAGACAUUGACAACAAUGAAAUUGUGAUCGAGGUGGAUGAAAGCAACGUGAUCCCUAACACGUUGGCAGAAAUUAAUCAUGCAGGUGCAAAGCUUCCAUCAUCUCAAGAAAAAUUGCCCAUCUACACUGCUGAAACUCUGAGCAUUGCUGUUGCUACUUCAUGCCUUGCUGCUCUGGCAGUUGGAUUUGUUUCUGGAUUUCUUUUUUCUCGGCGUUGUAGAGGGGAAGAUUACAGUGAUAUGCCCUUUCCAGAUCAGCGACAUCAACUCAACAGGCUGACAGAAAGCAGUUUAAAUGCAGAUGCAGCAUAUCUUCCUCCCUGUGCAAACAAUAAGGCAGCUAUUAAUCUUGUGCUCAAUGUUCCACCAAAGAAUGCAAACGGAAAAAAUGCAAAUUCCUCCGCUGAGAACAAACCCAUCCAGAAGGUUAAGAAGACUUACAUUUAGCAGAAAACCUUAAUAUCUGUAUUAAUGCAGACACAUGUGAGUCGGUUUACAAAAACUCUGCUGAGGAAUGUGUUAAGAAAAGUAAAGAAGAUGUGAAGUGUCUAAUGAACAAUUAAGAAACAGACUUAGUUGAAGUUUGAAUAUACUUUGCAGUGAUUAGUGAUUCUGUGAUCAAUUGAUGGUUUUGUAGUGAUGACAUUUUUGGCAUUAGAUAAAAUGCCUUGUGGAACACAGGUUCUUAAUGUGAAGCUUACAACAUAUUUCUUCAAAAGACAAGUGUACAAGAAGAAGAAAAAAGAAGGUUGCCACAAGGAAUGAAUUAUUUUUACAAGCUAUUAUUCUUCGCCUUAUUGUGGAGCAUAAAUGUUGCUUUCCAAGAUGAAGAAUCUUGCUUGUGUAGGAAGAUCUAUCAUGCCGUUAAUAAAGCUGACAAAAAGUAUAUGUACAAUAAGAGAAAAAUGAGUAGAAGGUUUACCUGACAUGCUACAUAGUUAGGUGAAAUAUUUGUGACAUGAACUAUUACGUUGCCAAUAAAAAAAAGUAUAAGUGCACGAAAGUGAGUGGUGAAUGAGAGAGACUUAUUGAAUAUUUCAGCAAGAGUAAGCAGUCGGACAUAUAAAUAUCAACACAAGUUAACAAUUUAGAAUGCACAUGAAUAAAAAAAGGGCUCAUGCCUUACGCUAGAAAAGUGUGGUAGCAUGAUUCUUAAACAUAAUUGAAAUACUGUUUUCGUAAGAACUGUAAGCAUUUUGUGGUGUUGCUUGUUUUAUAUUGCCGACUGUAAAUAGCAAAUUAAAUAUUUGUCAACCCACCCAAACUUCCAGUAUUGUUUUAUGUGCAGAUAGUUUUAUCCGGCCUGUACAAAUUAGAGCUAAGUUUCCCAUUACAUACAGUUCUUUAUGUAUGUUAUUUAGAUAUUCACCUCAAUGCUACAUUAUAAAUAUAAAAAGACUGAAGGGCUGAAAGAUAUUAUUUGUAUAUAAUUCAUUGUAUAUAGUUACGUAAAGCACUGUUAAUAAACAUUAAAUAAAUUUUCAUUAUAUUAAAUAUGUCAGUGUAGCAAGAGUGCUCUUCAAUUUCCCAAGAAAAUAAAGAAGUGUUGUUUCUCCAAAACUGAGUGUGCUUGGAAGAGCAAGUGAAGAGGACCACAUAAAUGUUUCCUAUGCUAUUAAACUGUAAAAAAAAUUAUUUCUAUAGAUUUGUAUCUCUUUUUGGUUUAGUCAUGUUACAAGAUUCUAAUAGUGUCAUCCAAAUAGAAAAAUGAUUUUUGUGAAUGUUCUUGCACCAUAAUAGCUUUUUCUGCUGACUACUGUGAAAAUUUGGAGAAGAGGACAUUCACAGUUCCUCAGUGAAGAGAACUCUUUUUAAAGCACAUUAUCUUUGCUGCCUGUUACUUGAUCCCAAGACAAAGAUAUGCAAAAAUGUUAUUAUGCUCUUAGUCCUCAUGACAAGAAAAAAAUAAAUGUAAUCAUAUUUUAUAGUUGUCAAUUACAUGGUCUGUUUUUAAUCAAUAAACUGGAUUUUAUUUAAAGAUGUUAAGAUUAAAUUUGUUAAUACUCUUUCACGAAUUACGGAAGUUUUGUUGAGAUUAAAACAAGCCUGUGAGUCUUUGAGAACUGGAAGUUCUUUGAAAAUAAGUGUCUUAUCUUAUUGAAACGCAAAUUGAUGGGUUGGUAGGCAUAAAAGGUGUAGCUGGUAAAAUCACUAUAGAUACAAGAAAUAAACACUGUAUCUGGAUACAAAUAUACUGUACUGUAACAUAAAAGUAUCUACAUGCAUAUUCUUUAUCUGUGUCUGUUAUAGAGUAUUCAGAUACUUUUACAAUUACAUUUCUUAUAUAAGCAUUUGUUUAUUUAUUAUUUUUGACCCUGAUUUUCCAUUAUGGCUACCCCUUGUAAAUGGUGCAAUGUAUGAUCAAAUUAUUGCAUAAACAUUUUUAUUCUGAGGUAGCUUUCCUCAUUUUUCCUUUACCAAUCCAUAAGUCCUCAAAAAAAUUAAAAAAUAAAUAGAGUGCUUUUCUCAUUCUUCGGCUUUGAGUAACUUACUAAAUAUGAAAGAUUAAUUUCAUAAUUCAUGUAUUAAAAUUUUAUUUGCAGCAGAAUAUGAAUGUUAGAAAUUUUUAAAGCAUCACUCUUUAAAAUAGGCAGAUGCUCAAAGCAUUUUAUUUCAAAGUGACGUGUGUAAUUGCUUUAAGAACAUUUUCUAAAAUAAAAUUACUAGCAUGGUGUGCAUUACUGAUGUAUUAAUUACUAAACAUGGUUGUUCUAUAAAGAGGUCAUAAAUAUGAACCUUAGUUAUUAAAUGACAGUACAAUCAACUUUUCAAGAAUCUGUUCUUACCUAACACGCUUUCCUUUAAAUCCAUGUUUCAAAAUAUAAGAUAAUCUUACUGAUUUAUUAUUUUAAGCUCUCUUAAAUCAUAUAUCAAAAUACAAUAUUUCAAAUUAAGUGGUUUUACAGAUCAGAAUCAGGGGAAGAAGAAAUUACAAACUAUGACCAGCAUGAUCAAGCACAUAUUAAUUAAUAAAUCAUAUUUAUCAUAAUUACAUUUAUUAUCAACUACUAAAGUAAGAA